CAUUCUUAGCUCUUUUCUCGCUCUCUCUCUCUGCGUCUAGCGAAGGAUGAGGGAGCCCUAAAAGGCGCUUCUCUCUCUCGACUGAAUCGAAGGUUCUUCAUCUUCAGUCUUCUCAAACGGAUCCUACGAAUUGACAAUCCUGGCACAGAUCUAAUCCAUCAUCACUACUUCGACCUUUUGAACAACCCUGGGCUUGGCUUGGUUUGAAUUGGAAGGUCAGCUGGAUUUUUGUUCCACUCAAGUCUCUGGUUUUCGGGGCUUGGUUUGAAUUGGAAGAUCAGCUGGCCUUUUGUUCCACUCAGGUCAUCCUGCUUUGGAUAUGCAACUAGUUAGACUGACUAGUAUGUUGAUAAAAUGUCCCAGAGGUUCAAAAUCUGCUGCUCCAUUGAAGACCACCAACAUUUUUACUCUUUGGUCGUAUCUGGACCUUCCAUAAUGCCAAAGGAUAGAAGAGGCCGUUCUGUGUCAUCUGAAAGGUCCAGGGUAUCUCCUUUCCCUUGCAGUUCCAGUCGCACUAGAAGUUCUUCAUCCAAAAACCCUUUGGAACCUGUGGAGGAUGGAAGAGAAUUGGAAGAAACAAGGCAUUCAGAAUGCGAAGAGUCUUUAGGUUCUGCAGAAGAUAUAAAAGAAUGGGAAGAAGCUAGGUGUUCUGUCUGUAUGGAACAUCCGCACAAUGCAGUACUUCUUUUAUGUUCCUCCCAUGACAAAGGUUGUCGCCCUUAUAUGUGUGAUACAAGCUACCGACACUCAAAUUGCCUUGACCAGUUCCGCAAAGCAUCUGCAGACGCCCCAUCAACUAUUGAACAGGACUCCAGCCACAACAUGAUAAGCUCAGAUGCAACACCCCUGGAUACACAAACACCCAUGGAUACACAACAUGUAAUGAAUGAGCAGGCCUCGAACAGCUCCACCCUACCUUCUGCAAAGCAUGCACAAUCAGAACUUGUGUGCCCUCUCUGCCGAGGGAAGAUCGAUGGCUGGCUUGUUGUGGAAUCUGCUCGCCGGUUCAUGAAUGCCAAGACAAGAAGUUGUGCUUGUGAGACUUGUGAAUUCUGUGGGACAUACUCUGACCUCAGGAAGCAUGCAAGGCUUGAGCACCCUCUUGUGCGGCCCUCAGAAGUAGAUCCUGAACGGGAGCGUGACUGGAGGAAUUUGGAGAGGCAGAGGGACCUUGGGGAUGUGCUGAGCACAAUCCAGUCAGCAUUUGUUGAGGAGAGGAGUGAGGAUGAGAUGUUCGCCAUGGACAAUGGGGGACUGUUGACUGUCUUCUUUCUUAUUCGGGUUUUUCGGCCUGGAUCCAGUAGCAGUGGCAACUGGUCUGGUGCCUCGAUAGUAAGAGGGCAGCCAAGGAGUCGAAGGAGAAGGGUGCACUGGGGGGAGAGCUUUGACAUUGAUACAGGUUCUGCUUCUGGAGAUGAUGAAAAUAAUCCAAUGGAGCGUAUCUCACGAGCCUGGCGACGCCGUGUGCGGAGUCAAAGGCGCCCUACGCCAGAGAACCAGCCUUGAAAGUGAUCAUAUGUUUGAUCUUUUUGUGUGGUUCUGUGAUUCUUCUUUUGGGUCUCACUUUCAGAAGUGUUAUGAAGAAUCCUUGAGGGCGUAAGAGUUGGUCAUGUGCAGCUUCGAUUUGUUUGGUCUUGUGUGGCUGGUGAAACAGAAGGGCGCGGUGGGGGGGGGGGUUGGUUUUGGCCGAGUGCUGAGCAGUUCUUGAAUGUGAAUGGGUUGGGAUUUAUAUAAAUUUGGAAAUACAAAGACAAAAUGAACAGAUUUAAGGGAUUCAGUUUAAAUUCAAAUGUAAUCUCAAGUCAUGCUUUUGCAUUGUA